AUGCUGCGCUAUUCCUUCGUUCUGGUAGCCCUCAUCAACGGAGCUCUUCUCUGCGCGACUAUACUACACACAUUCACUGUCUCGCCUACCAGGACCUACACGUGGCGCAACCGUGAUUAUCCCAUCGAACUACCAGUCGGUCAGAUUCCCACCGUCGAAAUGACAUUCCAAGAGUCUGCACGAUUCGGUUUAUCCGACCCGGACAGCAAAAAGAACUGGGGGGUGCUCUUCAACACCAACUCGUUCGGUUUGGGCGUCCAGCACCUUGGUACCUACCACUUUCGAUAUGUCUCAAGUGCAUAUCACGCACUACACUGUCUAUACACGAUGCAACUCGACUUUGACAAACCGAAUCACGUUAAGGAGCCAAGUUCUCAUUUCGUUCAUUGUAUGAGUUACUUGCGCCAAAUCUUUACAUGCAAUGCCGACAUGACAUUAGAAGAUGGCGAUUUCAUGCGACGGAACUUAACGACCGACCGAGUGAGUGAUACUCGCAAAUGUAGGGAUUGGCGGACCGUGAAGGAAUGGGUGAAUCAGAACAACAAUGAGUGGUUCGUUUAUAAUAAUAUCACAGUCGAGUAA